UCAGCACCUUCAAAGUUCCACGGUCGUCAAGUUUACUACCAUGAGCAUGAAUAACCUUAACUUCGAUGACCAAUACGGGAUUUUGAGAACAUUUUCUGAUUCAAUGCCAACUCAUUACACGUUCAAAAUACAGUCGUUUUCAUUGAUGUCCAAACAUUCACUGGAGAGAUAUGAAUCGGAGGACUUUGAAGCUGGAGGAUACAAAUGGAAACUGGCUUUUUAUCCAAAUGGAAACAAGAGCAAGAAUGUGAAAGAGCACAUCUCUCUUUACUUAGUAUUGGCUGGAGCAAAUGGCCCCCAGACCUGUUGGGAAGUGCAUGCUGCUUUCAGGUUGUUUUUACUUGAUCAGAACAAUGGCAAGUACUUGGCUCUUCAAGAAGAACAAAAGGAGAGGUUAUUCCAUGGGAUUAAGCUUGACUGGGGAUUUGAUCAAUUUUUCUCUCAAAAAGAUUUCACUGAUGCUUCCAAUGGAUUUCUUGUGGAUGACGCCUGUGUGUUUGGAGCAGAGGUCUUUGUUCGGAAAGAAAGAAGCACAUGCAAAGGAGAGUGCCUAUCAAUGAUCAAGGAUGCCGUUAUGUACAAGCAUGUUUGGAAAAUUGAAAACUUGUCAAAGUUAGAUGAGGAGAGCUACGACUCAGAAACAUUCAUCGCUGGAGACCAGAAAUGGAAGAUAGAGUUCUAUCCCAAGGGAAGAGACGAUGGGAAGGAUAGCCAUCUUUCUAUUGAUUUGGCAUUGGCUGAUCCCACAUCUCUGUCUCCUACCUCUAAAUUAUAUGCACAGUUUACCCUUCGCCUCGUAGAUCCAGUGUACAGCCACCGUCACUUUGAAUAUGGUACUAAAGCUACUUGGUGGUUCAGUGCCUCCAGUCCGAAGCGGGGCUGGCCGAAAUUCAUUACACUGGGAAUUUUCAGUGAUAAGAGCUUGGGGUAUUUGGAGAAUGAUAGUACCAUUGUGGAGGCAGAGGUCACUGUGCUUGGAACUGCUAGUGCGCUAGACUAAAAUAAAUAGUAAGCUCCUGCCUGUAGCUGUAUGUAUCAAAAACCAUGUCUCAAAUAUAUUCAUCACUUACGAAUAAUAUGGUUGUAUCACUUCUUCAGACCUUAGGUAGUCCGAAUAAUGGUAUCAUUCCUUUUCUUUUCUUUCAUGCAACUUUUUCUGGCAUGUAACUUUGCUUCUAUGGAAUUUCUAAUGCCCUAUACUAUUGUAUGAAAUUAUGGGGUGUGAUGUUCUCAAAC